AUGUUAAAAAGGUUUUUUAAUAGUUUAGAAGAUCCAGACAGACCAUUGUUAGGUCCAAAUUAUUGGAUUCUAAAGAAACUUGGGUUGCUUUUACACUUUGGCAAAUUGGGCAAUAUAUUUACAAUUUUAAUUCACAAUAUGGGACUAUUAUUCGUUUCCACGCAAUAUGUUGACUUAUAUUUAAUACGAUCCGAUUUGGACUUGGUUUUACAAAAUCUAAAAAUUUCCAUGUUGAGUGUCGUCUGUGUUCUAAAAGUCAAUACAUUUCUACUUUGGUGUUCUAAAUGGAAGGAAGUCAUAAACUAUGUUACUGAGGCAGAUAAAUAUGAAAGGAAUACAGAUAAUCCUGAUAAUGUACAGAUUGUUAAAAAAUAUACAAAAUAUUGUCGUCGUAUUACUUAUAACUACUGGAUCCUGGUGUUCACAACCGCUUUCAUUACUGUAGUGACACCUCUACUACAGUAUGCGUAUUCAUCCACGUUCCGGGAAAGCGUGAAGAAUGGAACUGAGGCAUUCCCGCACAUAUUCAGUUCCUGGGUCCCGAUCAAUAAAAAUGAUUUUCCUUUUAAUUGGGUGACAGUGGCAUGGCACACUUAUAUUUGUGUGCAAGGAGCAUUGGUCGUGAUGGCGUAUGACACAAACGUUAUGGUGACAAUGGUUUUUAUUGGAGGAAAGUUGGAUUUGCUGCGAGAACGAUGCAAGCUGAUGGUAGGAGUUAAUGGAGUCACAACAAGCAAUGUUGAUUUAGCUGAAAAGCUGCGUGAACUACACAAAACGCACGUUCUUAUUCUGAGAUAUUCAAGAUUAUUUAACUCACUGCUGUCACCGGUGAUGUUUUUUUAUAUGGUUAUGUGCACAUUGAUGCUUUGCUCAAGUGCCUAUCAAUUGACAUCCGCAACAAGUACAGCUCAGAAACUGAUAAUGGCAGAAUACAUAACCUUCGGUGUUGCACAACUGUUCAUAUUUUGUUGGCUCAGUGAUGAUGUACUAACAAAAAGUGAGAAGGUAAUGCUCGGUCCUUAUGAAAGCCAGUGGUGGUUAGCAGAUUCGAAACAAAGGAGAAGUGUCUUUUUGAUGGCUGGUCAACUACGCAUCAUCCAAGUGUUUACUGCGGGGCCAUUUGCCAAUCUCACACUUCCCACAUUUAUACACAUUUUGAAGGCGGCUUAUAGCUACUACACUUUACUAAAAAAGUAG